AUGUCACACCCAUCCCAACUCUUCCUCCUAGCAGACCACAUCAAACUCUCCCUCCUUGAACGACAACGCGCAAUCUCGCUCAACCUCGAACCAAACACCCAAGACAGCGAAAUCUCCCGAUCUCUUGAGUCCCUACGCGACGGUCUCGAACGCCUCGAAAACGAUACCAACAACACAGGCACCGACACCGAUACCAGAGAACAAAUAAGCUUACUACGCAGCCACGGCUCGUCAGAGCCGAGUGAUGCCACAAAAGUACCGAACGAUCCAGCUCUAGGACCAGAUUUUGCGCAUGCGACUCGCGGGACGAAUUUGCAGCAACCUGUUCCGCAACAUCCGGUUUCGAAAUCGGUCAGAUUUACAGAUGCUAAUGACGACGGCGACGAUGAAUAUAACUCAAACCGAGCGGCACUAUUACAGCCCUACCGAGACGAUCCAAAUACUACCCGUGAAGAAGGUACAGCGAGGUACCUAGAUACAACCAACCUAGACAACCAACAAAUCCACGCGCACCACCAGCAGAUCCUCUCCGAACAAGACGCACAACUAGAUUCGCUGGGCGAAUCGAUCGGUCGUCAACACCAAUUGAGUAUCCAGAUUGGCGAUGAAUUAGAAGGGCAAAUCGCCCUGUUGGAUGAUGUGGAUGAACAUGUUGAUCGGCAUCAGGGACGAUUGAAUAAUGCGCGCCGCAGACUGGAUAAGAUCCGGAGGAAAGCGGGAGAUAAUUGGAGUAUGAUGACUAUUAUUGGGUUGAUUAUUGUGCUUGUUAUUUUGAUUGUUAUUUUGAAGUAG